UAGAAGCUUAUGUUGAGAUUUUUCCAAAUGAUCAUGUUGGAAAGUUUGUUGGACCAGAACAUUCCGAUCUUGUUCGAGAACUAGGCUUAGGAGAAGUUCUUACCCUUGCAUUUAAGCAUACCACCACACGACUUUGUGGUAUGAACUUCAAUUCCUCCGGUGAUGGUUCCUCAUCCACAAAUUUAGAGAAAAAAGUGGACUUGCUCUAUCUGGGCUCGUACUCAAGCUGGAACCUUAGAGGCCGUCAUUUUUUUUGGGGCUUGUGCUCCUUCUGUGAACCUGAGUCUCAGAGGCCCAUGACUUUUUACCUUUUUUUAGGUGAUAUAUUUUUGAGGCAUUUUUUUUAGAUCGUGGCCGUUUUUCAAGUGGGCUCUGACACAACUGUUGGGUCUGGAUCAGGGAGGGUGGACCUGUGACGUUGGAGUAGAAGCUUUACCCAAAAACCUUAAGGCAAUUGAGAUUGCAAUCCUCGAACUUAUAUUCUAUUGAUCUUGUCUCCAACUUAGCAAAAUGAGACUUCCUUAGUAUAUUUUCAAUUUUUUUUUCUCUUUCUUUGUUUUCAAGAGGCUAGUACCAAGCUUCAAAGGAUGGGUAGAGAGUCUUCUCCAAUCUCUGCCCGAAGAGGGAAUCCAAUGGUUAUUUGGUUUAAUUUGGGCAAUUGGGAAUAGAAGAAACAUUUGGCUCUUUGAGGAAAAGCGAUUGUCCCCCUCACAGGUUGUCACCCAAGCUUCGAUGAUGCUGAUUUCGGAAGAUGCAGACAAGCAACACCAAACACAAGCUCCCUCUGUAACUCCCCCUUUCAGGGACAGGAUCAAAGCAAACUUUGAUACCUCAAUUCGUGAGUUUGUGGGAACAGGUCUAGGAGUCAUUUUCAAGAACCAUUUUGGGAAUUCCAUGGCAGCAGGCGCGCACUUCAUUCCCUCCUCUUUUGAACCUACAAUCGCAGAAGCAAUGGCCUUCCGUUGGUGCAUAUCUAUGGCGAGAGACCUGGGAUUCCAAGAGGUUGAGUUUGAAAUUGAUUGUCUCAAUCUCUUCCAAGCCUGGAAACGAAAUGAUCCAUUCAGCAACUAUCUAGACUCCAUUGUACAAGACUGCAAGUCUCUUUCCCUAGCUUUUAGGAGUUGUGUUUUGCUUAAUUGUCGCAAAACUGCUAAUGCAGUUGCUGAUCACAUUGCCCACCUAGCUUUUGAUUACCAGGAUCAUGUUUGGGUAGAACUUGAUCCUCCUGGUACAACAAACUUGCUUAGACAAGAAGCCCUCUUUUAUACUGGAAAUGAGGUUUCUACCUUUUGAUUAAUAUUAGUCUGAAAGUUCAAAAAAAAAUAGAGGCUAGUACCUGAAAAUAUGAGCUUAGAGAAAAUUAAGUAAGUUUCAGCAAGUUCAUGCUGUGUUAUUUUCGUGUACAUAAAAUUGAGAGCUGGAUUUG